GUUGGAAAGAUGGCGGAGGAAGAGCCAAGAAAAAAGAUCCCUUUGGUUCCAGAAAAUCUCCUGAAAAAGAGGAAGGCUUAUCAGGCCCUGAAAGCCACCCAGGCAAAGCAGGCGCUUUUGCAAAGGAAGGAGCAGAGGAAAGGAAAAGAGAUCAAGUUUAAGCGACUAGAAUGGUUCCUACAUGAUUCCUGGCGGCAACUACGUGACAAGGUGCGACUCAGACAACUAGAAGUGAAACCUCAUGGCUUGGAAGUGCCAGAUAAACAUUCCUUAGCCUUUGUUUUACGCAUCGAAAGGAUUAAUGGGGUGAGUUUACUGGUGCAGAGGACCAUCGCAAGACUUCGCCUGAGUAAGAUUUUCAGUGGUGUCUUUAUGCAAGUAACUCCUCGGACCAUAAAAACGCUUCGUAUAGUGGAACCUUAUGUGACCUGGGGAUUUCCAAAUUUGAAGUCAGUUCGGGAACUCAUCUUGAAACGUGGACAAGCCAAGGUCAAGAAUAAAAUCAUCCCUUUGACAGACAACACGGUGAUUGAGGAGCACCUGGGGAAGUUUGGUGUCAUUUGCUUGGAAGACCUCAUUCACGAAAUUGCCUUUCCGGGGAAGAAUUUUCAGGUGAUCUCAGGAUUCUUGCGCCCUUUCCAACUCUCAGUAGCCCGUCACGCUACCAAGAAUAGAGUGGGCUUCCUCAAGGAAGUGGGCUCACCUGGCUAUCGAGGUGAACGCAUCAAUCAGCUCAUCCGGCAGCUGAACUAAACCCAGCACAUCUGAAAGCACAGUGCAUUGGAAGCAUGUGUUUUUGUUUUAUGGAAUUGUUACCCAGUAUCUUCAAGCAAGAUUAUUUUCUGCUGUAUCUUCAGAAACUGGAGGGGAAGGGUCAGGGAAAAGAUGGUGAUGUUCAGGGCAGGCACUUUUCAUCCCACUUCAGUUCCAAGAAAAAGUUCCUGUGUGUUUUCUGCGAAGACCGCCGUCCACCUCAAACCAGCAAAGGACUUGUGCCAUGGAGGAGGGAGUCCUGUUUUAUCACACCUAUCCUGGGAUUUAAUGUUGGUGAACGAACAAAUACCCACAUAUGAAUACAAGACAGCAGUGGACCAGGCCCAGGGGCAUAUUGAACCUGGGGUAUCCAAGGGCCUUGUUUUAGAAAGAACUUGAAAUACAAUUAGAAAGAAGCGCACAA